UAUCGUUUCACUGUAUCUCAAUCAGAGAGGGUGGCCAGUGGGGUUCGGACUGAAAUAUCAAGCAACAGAUAAUCCGAAGGAUCAACAGUUUGAUUAAAGGUUGCAAAACACAAUCCCAUUGGAGCUCGUUCAUUAAGGUUAUCUGUGUCAUGCAGCAGAAAGUGUGCACACGCAACACAGCGCUGUUUGUGAAGAACGGUCAGGCGUGUGGAGCCGGGGCCCCUCCUCAACUUCCUUUCCGCUGCCCGCGAUGCGGAGAGCACGAACGUUUCCACAGUCUUUCUUCUCUCAGAGCUCACCUUGAAUACAGCCACCCGUUCCACACUAAACAUGACAUCAGCCUCCUAUCCACAAGGGAUUUCUGUAACACGGACCGUAUGGAAGGCUGCAAAAUCUCCAAUUCCGACACGCAUAAAGUACGUGAUGCCGGCACCAAUACUAACUCAACUACGAGAGGAGAACACAAACACAUAUUCGCCGUCGACCAAGCUCCAUCCCAGCAGCCCGCCAAUCAAAAGCUCACGCCCCCCGAGAGGAGCCUCAGCGUUGGGGACGCAUCAGCUGGUGCUGGACCCCUCUCGGCUCCAGUGGCGUCAGUGGAGAAGAGGCUGGAGGGGAUGAUGAGGACAGCCAAUAGCAGCAUGGAACGGCGUCUGCUGCGGCUGAGUUCAGAGCUGGCGCAGACGGACACGGCUAUCCUGUGUGAGCGCGCUCACUCGCAUCACCUGGCCCAGGAGAAACAGGAAGUGCUGGAGCGAGAGCGAGCGCUCAGCAGACAGGUAGACGCCGCUGUUAUGGUGAUCGCCACACUGAGGCAGCAGCUCAGCAUCUCGGAGCACGAGUUGGAGCAGAGAGAACAGGAAGUUGUUACCAUCCAGAAGUUUCUGGAAGCAGCGGCGCAGCAUGAGAUGUGUGGGAAGGUUCGUUUGCGACGGUUCAUUGAGAGCCUCUUGCGGCGGAUUUCCCUGGCCGAGAGACUACUGGAAUAUUAUCAGAGCGCCCCCCACAGGCAUUACUGCACGGCUCACUCUGUGCCUCUGCCAUCAGAGCUCGGUCCACAUAGAAUAACACAAAGCAGGUCUUCAGGAGAACAUCUUGAGCAAGAUGAAGAGCAGCAGUUACUUGCACAGUCUGGAUGGGAACUGUCCGAAGGUUCUGCUGGGAGACUGGGUUACGACAGCUGGUCCCAGCGGAGGAGGUCAGAUGGGGAUCAGUGAACCCCCAUCACGCAAAAUUCCCCAUGCGUAGGAGGAAAGAGCAGGAAGAUGGAUGACCAAGCCCCUAUAGUUUGAUGGUAUUGCCCAUGUCAUCACCAAGAAACAAAGACAGAAAGCAGCAGCAGGGAGAGGAUGGGGAGCGUGGAUCAUUAGAUGGAAAAUCAACAUGGACCAGCUGAAAUACCACUAUCGCUUCUCCAUGACUUUGUCUUUAUGUGCUUCAUCUGUGUGAAAACGGUUUGUAUUUGAGUGUUAAAACAAAUGACGGGAUUUGAACUGAUUUGAUGUUUUUGCUGAUGUUGUGUCUCAUUUGAGCAGUUCAGCCAGCAGAUAUUGCUCAGGGUCCCACAAAUGAUUCUUUGAAUAGUCAAAGACAAAACAUCCACCCCCAAUGUGCACAUGCUGGAGUACACCAACCUACAUAUUCAAUAAAACAGUCAAAUCAACCAAUCAGAAUGUGUUACACUGAAUAACAAAAUCAAUGAUACAAAUAAGAGACUAAACAGAAAAUACAGUUGAAUUAUUAAACCCUAAUCCUAAAAGACAUUAUUAUUAUUGUCUCUAACUGUAAAUGCUACAUUAUUUCAACGAAUUCACAGUAUGUUCGGAAUUUAUUCUGAAUAGAUAUAUUGUGACAAUAUUUUUGUAAUUUGGGCCAAGAACUGAUCACCGCAUUUUCACCCUAUUAAAAUACUGAGCUUGAAAUGUAAUGUUUGAAUGUGACUUAUUUUUGUAUAGCACUUCAAAGAGAUUUUGAAAGCUCUAUCAAAUGUGAUUGAGUAGCCUAUCUAUGAUUUUUCUUGUUUAUGUCCUGAUAAUGAUCCAUUUAUAGCCUACACGUGACGCAAAGCCUUGUAAUGCACUGCUGCUCAUCUAAACAAAACAAGCAUUCCACAAUAUUUACACACGCUCAAUGCUAUUUUCUUAUCAGUAGUCUUUUUGGUCUAUGGUCGUGAUUGGAGAUUCGUGAUGCGCCCGUGUUGUCCAGCAGAUGGCGUCAUACACUGUGUGUGAGUCAGGCUCCCGUUCUCACGUGACCUCACUACAAACGCGCUCGUGAAGUUGCGCAAGGUGUCCAGUCACUGCUACUGUUUGUCCUCGGAGUAAAAUUAAGGAGUUAAGCAUUGGUAAAUCGGUCAAACUAAGGAUUAAAAUAGAAAUGGAAGUAAUGGAGAGCCCUCUAAAUCGU